CCAGCUCCUCCCUCGGCCUCGGGGUCUCCUCGUCCCUUUCCCCCCAGCAAGGGGGCAAGCUGCUGGACCCCCUUCUCCCCUUCCCCACCCUCCCAGCUUGGGGAACCUGGCUCCGCUGCCCCCCGACACUUCAGCCGCGGCCUUUUGUCCAAGGCUGAAGACUCUCUCCUGCGAAGACGUUUGUUUAUUGGCAACCCGGCAGGGACCGCUUUUCGACGCGGUGUCUCCGGACCUCCCUGUCCGUCUCUCGCCCGUCGGGGCGUAUUCCCCGCCGGCUCGAAGCCUGCUCCCCUUCCUCCGCAGCCCUGAUCUGGCCGUCCUGUUCUCCCCUUUCUUCCCCUCCAGCAAAUCCUUCCCCAUCUUAGCUUUCCCCACCCACCAGGUGCCUGAGCUGUCACUUGGAGCCCGAGACCCCCUGGGAGAGCCGGGUGGAAAGGGUCCCUGGGGGGAAGCUAUGAGCGCCAAGGAAUCGGGAGCCCCUCGCCAACUUCGACAUUCUCAGUCCUUUGCUGGGGUCUCACUCCAAGGCUGCCCAGGGAGGACAGGAGAUGCGGUCUCUACACAGCUUCGACAACAGAAAAAAGCGCUGCUGGUGGCCGUCAGCGCUUCCGUGGACAAGAUUGUGGCUCAUUUCAGCGCCGCCAGGAACCUCGUUCAAAAGGCUCAGCUGGGGGACAGUCAGCUCACCCCCAACGUGGGGGACCUGAUCCUCAACACGCUCUGCCCCGCCUUGCACGCCCUGGUGGGCGACGGCCUGAAGCCUUUUCAGAAGGACGUCAUCACGGGACACCGACCCAGUUCUCCGUGGAGCGUCAUCGAAGCUUCGGCCAGGCCGGGUCCCCACACCAGAUCUUUUACCGCGCUGUAUUGGCGGGUGUCACGGCUAGCCCCACUCCGGAGUAACCGCCAGCGCUUCCACGCUUUUAUCCUGGGCCUUCUGAACUUGAAGCAAGUGGAGGAAUGGUUCAUGCAGCUGCAGAGAAACUCAGAGCUGGUCUCCUCCCUCUACCUGCCCACCGCCUUCCUCCUGCUGAGCCAGCGGUUCUGCCACCGUUGGGCUGAAGAGCUGCUUCUCCUACUACAACCCCUUUCCGUCCUCACCUUCCAACUGGACCUGCUCUUCGAACACCGCCACAUGCCCGUCCGGCCGAUGAUCCCGCGAAGCACCCCGUCCCCCGAACCGGAGUCCGGUCGUUGGGAGAGGCCCGGUUUGAGCCCGCCGGAAUUAUCCGGACCUCCGGUUCCUUUGGAUGGUUUGGAAGAUGGGUUCUUGGUUCCGGCCAGCCCCUUUCAGGAAUGGCUUCUGCCUCAGAGACUCCUGGGCUGGAAAGAACGGCUGGCCAGCACCCUCCGUGGGAAUGCGAGACCAGUUUGGGCCCAACCGGGGCAAGAGGAGAGUCCAGCCCAGCCGCCGGGCAGGUGGAAGCCCCAGUGGACCAAGCUAUGGGUCGCCACGAAGGAGAACCGGGCUGCCGCCGGAGAAACCGGGACCGACGCCGAAGAAUUCCCCAAACUUGGGAGAAAGGACUCCAAGGUAGAACAACCGUCCCCGGCGGGCAAGGAGGAAAACUCGUCAGCCGCGGGGGGCCUUCCCAAGGCCGCCAUGGGGACCCCUGAGGCAGGAGAAGUCUACCUGGAAGGAAGCCCAGCGGGCGAGGAGAAAUCGGAGGCUGGAAACGGGAACGAAAGGUGGCUGGGCUGGCUGUUUGGAGCCAAUUCUCCUGGGACGCUGAGCGAGAUGGAUUUGGAUCUACCCCGGUCCAGCAGGCGCCCCUCGAGGUGGCUGUGCCCCACCGUUAACACACUGGCCCUCUCAAAGAAGGGGGCCACGACCCAGAAGUCCUGGCAGGAGGCAGAUGGGGAGCAGAAUCCCCCAGGCCCAUUACAGACCUACAAAGCUGUGCGGGCCCUCUGCGACCACACAGGGGACGCCGCUGGACACCUGGCCUUUUGCAAAGGGGACAUCUUGCAAGUGAUGGAGACGGUGGAUGAAGAUUGGCUGAAAUGCCUUUCGGGAGACCGACAGGGCCUUGUCCCUGUGGGCUACACUUCCCUGAUCCUGUGAGUCUCAUCCUGGGCCCAGGCCCAGGUGAAAGGGAGAAACACGCCCCUAAAAGCAAACGACGAAAGCAUCACGGAGGAAACUUCCUAGCACAGCACCAGGGAUGGUUUCAAACCGACGUCCUGAUUUCCCUCUCUGAAAUUCCGAGCUCUGCUUUUCUCGAAGCCAGGGGGUUGGGCUAAAUGACCUCCAAGGUCUCUUCCAACUCUUGUUAUUCUGUGACUUUCUAUGAAUCUGGCGGCUUUUGAAACGAGCCUAUCCUCCCUUGUCGGAAGCUGGCCGGGGA